UCAAAGGUGCUUCGCAAGGUUCCGGAUUAGGUAAUGAAUUUUUGUCUCAUAUUCGGGAAGUAGAUUUAAUUUGUCAGGUGCUUCGUUGUUUUCCGGAAAAAGAAAUAGUUCAUGUCGAAAAAUCAGUGAACCCUAUUCGAGAUUUCGAAAUAAUUCAAUUAGAGUUAAUUUUGGCGGACUUGCAGCAAAUUAAAAGGAAAUUAGGGAAGAUAAAAGUGCGGGAUGAAAAAUCCCAAAAAGAAAAAGAAGUUUUGCAAUUAGUUCAAGAAAACUUAGAAAAGGAAAUGCUGGUUAGCCAAUUAGAGUUAUCAAAUGAGGAAAAAGAGUUAAUAAAAGGUUAUAAUUUUCUUACUAAUAAGUCCGUUCUUUUAUUGGCUAAUUAUGGGGGAGAGGAAAAUGAAAUCCAGGAAUUAAGAGAAUAUGGCGAAAAAAAGAAACUACCCCUCUUUCCCCUGGCUGUUAAAUUAGAAAAGGAAAUGGAGGAAUUAUCCAAGGAGGAAAAGGAAGAAAUGG